CGUACGCUCGGAUCAGCAGCGGGAGCAGCAGCAACGGCAACAGCAGCAGUGGCAGCAGCGACAGAGGCAGCAGCUCGUCGGAUGCGCGAACGCGACAUCGUACGCAUCGUAUCGCGAACGAGGCGUACGCGAGCGAGACUCCCAGCGACGAGGACGACGAGGGCAACGUCAGUGGCAGUGGCAGUGGCGGCAGCAGCAGCAGCAGCAGCAGCUACGACGACGACGACGACGACGACGGUGAUGCUCGGCGGCGGCCGUGAGAUCGGAGUGGUGGCGAUCGGUGCAGACGGAUUGGUGGCGAUUUACGACGACGACGACGACGCAUCUGGCACGCGCGAUCGUGGCUGCCGGCGCGUCGGUCGUUCCGUGGCGCAGCUCGUGGAAUAAUGCGUGUUAGGCGCGACGACGUUACGACGAGGCGCCGUACGACGAGACGACGACGACGGUACGACGACGACGACGACGACGGUGCGACGAGUGCAGGGCCAGCGUGCGGCCAGCGACGAUUCCUCCUACUCCGUUUACUACCACCAUCGCGGCAACGCAGUUAUGUACGCGUACGGUUCCGAGAUAACGUAGUGUCGGGCGUGUAAUAAUUAUGUUGUCAUCGUCGCGCGGCGCGCGCCCUGCGUAGGCUUCACGGUGAAAAUCUGGCGUGAACGGUUCCGCGGUGGAACGGGGAAUAUGGCGUCGGCCUCGGCCGAGACUCCAGCCAGCCAUGGGCACAGCUUCAGCAAGAAAGUGUUUGCUAAACUGACGUACUGCCAUAGCUGCACGGACAAGGUCUGGGGCCCCAUACAGCCGGGGUACUCUUACAUCUGCGAAGUUUGCAACUUCGUGGUGCACGACCGCUGUCUCAAGGCCGUCGUCUCUCCCUGCUCCAGCAUCGCGGCAAGCCUGAUUAAGAACCCGGUUGCACAUUGUUGGUCUGAACAAGUACAUUGCAAAAGAAAAUUCUGCAAUGUCUGUCGAAAACGAUUGGAUGAUAAUCUAUCCAUACACUGUGAAAUAUGCGAGUACUUCGUGCACGUAGAAUGCCAAGACUUCGCGGUGGCAGACUGCAAGGAGAAUGCCACAUACCUACCUGGGAAAGAUUUGUCAGCAGUGAAACACACUCAUCAUUGGCGGGAAGGCAAUCUUCCGAGCAGUUCGAAAUGUGCCGUAUGCAAGAAGAGUUGUUUUACUGCCGAGUGCCUUGCCGGAGUUCGUUGCGAGUGGUGCGGCAUGACGUCGCACGCGUAUUGUUACAAGAAUAUUCCCCAAGAAUGCACCUUUGGUAACUUGGAACCAAUUUACCUGCCGCCACAUGCAGUUAGUAUUCCGCGUACCGAAGUUCCCAUGGAAGCUAUCAUUGGAGUAGAAGUGCGUCGUAAAGAAGUGCUGGCGCGUGAGUAUUCUUGCCAUAACCUCGAGCAGUUCGAUUUCGCUGAGAGUGAACAAAAUGGGGCUGCAGGCCACCUAGCCGAAGCUUUGAGGCGCCUUUCGCUAGUUUUACCACGUAGCUGCCAUGGAAAUUGUCAUGCUUCCCCUCCUUAUGUUCGAGCGCGGAGCAUAUCAGAAGAAUUUGGUACCGACUCGAGGUAUCGUGAUAAUGGAGAACCAGCACAGGGAACAGCGCAUGGCCGUGAUCCGCGUGCUCCUAAAGAAAAAGAAGAUAAAGACAGAGGUGACGAAGAAAUGAUGAAGGUGUGCGAUGGCAACAAUUCUUUGAGACGAAGAAUAUUUCGAGUAAUUUCGGUACCCAGACAGGCUACAACAGAGCAGGUUCUUACAUUGGCACUGCGCGCAUUUCACAUCACGAAACAUCCUAGUAACUUUUACUUAACUGACGUGUAUGCCAUGGAGGAAACUGAGUUAUGUGAUCCAACGCCUGUUUUAAAUUUAAAUCGCAAAGAAGGCAAACGUCCGGCUGUGUUCUUGCGAUUUAAAGAUACUGACAGUGGGGAGGUACGGGUUUAUCCCGGCAAAUUGCAGGUAUCAGAGUCAUUCUGUACAGUACCUGUCACGGAAGCUACAACCGUCGCAGACUUAAUAAACGAGGCACUGGAAAAGUUUGGUUUACAAAAUUUUAAUUCUGAUGACUUUAGGUGCAGUGAAAUUCUUUUAGACCAAGGUGUAACGGAAAGAGUUUUGUCCUGGGACGAAAGACCCUGGGAUAUUGUUAAAAAACUGGGAAAAGAAUCUAUUAGACAAAUGGAAUUAAUGCGAUUCUACCUACAACUAAAGCAAGAUCCCCAUGGACCUAAUUUGGCUUUAUUCGUGGGUAACUUACCGCAAAAUCUAUCUGAAAGAAGUUAUGAAAACAUGUUGACAGAAUUUUUAGGAAAAGAAAAUAGGUUUUCAUCAAUCGGCCCAAUCUAUUAUGAAUAUGGUUCGAUGGUUAUCAUAUACGAAGAUUUGGAUACAGCGGUUAGAGCAUUAUAUACCUUACGCGAGACGAGAUGCGAAGACAAACUUCUUUUAGUAAUGAUUUUACCAAGUAUCGAACCAAGUAUGGUACCAACGGGCGUUCAACCGCUGCUCGUGUUUGUAAAUGUAAAAUCAGGUGGCUGUCAAGGACUCCAACUAAUUUCUAGUUUUCGUAAACUAUUAAAUCCUUAUCAAGUGUUCGAUCUUGAUAAUGGUGGACCUCUCCCCGGACUUUACGUUUUUCGACACAUAAAAGACUACAAGAUAUUAGUUUGUGGUGGUGAUGGAACAAUAGGUUGGGUAUUACAAUGUUUAGAUAAUGUGGGUCAGGAUAGCCAGUGUUCUUCUCCUGCUUGCGCUAUUGUACCUCUGGGAACGGGAAACGAUCUUGCUCGCGUACUAUGUUGGGGUUCAGGCUACACGGGUGACGAAGAUCCACUAAACUUAUUGCGAGACGUUAUCGACGCGGAAGAAAUAAUAUUAGACCGAUGGACUGUAGUUUUUCAUCCAGAAGAAAAGGAACAACCUCAAGUAGUUUGUAAUGCAGCAACUUCUCAGCAAGUAGCGACACGCCAUUUGCAUAUUACUGGUGCUGGUGCAACUAGCGAAGACAAUACACAAAUAUACGUAAUGAAUAAUUAUUUUGGCAUUGGCGUCGACGCAGAUUUAUGUUUGGACUUUCAUAACGCGAGAGAAGAGAAUCCUAAUAAAUUCAAAAGCAGAUUACGAAAUAAAGGCGUGUACGUAAGGAUGGGUUUGCGCAAAAUGGUCGGACGUAAACCAUGCAAAGAUUUACAUAAAGAAAUUCGAUUAGAAGUAGACGGUAGAUUAGUUGAGUUACCACAAGUGGAAGGAAUAAUAAUUUUGAACAUUUUAAGUUGGGGUUCUGGUGCUAAUCCUUGGGGACCAGAUACCAAAGAAGAUCAAUUUUAUACACCAAAUCAUUGGGAUGGCAUGCUGGAAGUUGUUGGAGUCACAGGCGUUAUGCAUCUUGGACAAAUACAGUCGGGUUUACGUACGGCUAUGAGGAUAGCGCAGGGCGGACACAUAAAAAUUCACUUAAACUCAGACAUACCAGUACAAGUAGAUGGUGAACCAUGGGUUCAGAGUCCUGGAGACAUCGUGGUUUUGAAAUCAGCGCUCAAGGCUACGAUGCUGAAGAAGACAAAAGGCAAAAUGAAACGGCGCAACACGGAAUCUAGUAUGCAGUUGGCGCUACAGGCCGCACCGUCAAGUGAUCCGGAUGAAGAUAUCUUUUGAGUGAACAAACGUUAUGUGAAAGUGAUUGAACACGGUACGGUGCGGAAUGCAGGGCACGUAGCCAUGUAAAGGACUUGAUUGAUUAGUGCACGUAAUAAAAUAAAAUCGGCCUUGAUAUCGUCUGACGGCGUUCGCGCUGUACGAACAUAAGUACUUACAACGUGAGAAGAAAGACACUUGUGGAAGCAACAGGGGACGGAUAGAUAAGGUUUUCAGACACGGACACACAUACAGCAUAAAAAAAUCCAUUAUUAACUCAGUGAUUCUUAAUGUUUGUUCUUACAUUAAUAGAAAAUGAAACUAGAUCUCAUUUUUAAAUGUUAAUAAUUCUAGCACCAUAUGUAGUGUUUACCGAUCAAUAUUUUUUUAGUAAAAUUAUAAUAGAUUUUAACACAAAAUAACACCUUAUCACACAUACACGUAUACACACUUAACCAGAAUCGAAAAAAAUUAAUACGUUUACGCAUGCUUAUGACAACAAUAAUUUUCAUUUACGUUCCAAACUGGGUAAUUCAGGAGGAAGGAAAGGGAUCGUAAUUCGUAAAAUAUAUAUAUAGAUCACCUUGAUCAAAAAAUUCCCGGAAUUACCACCAGGUGAUGCUCUGAGUCAGCUGAUUUGAGUUCUGUUUUUUUGGUUGCCACAUAUCUAUCAUUAACAUUUCCACCAAAUUUUAUCGCCAUAGUUUGACAUUUGAAAAAGUUACGCCGUCUUGAGUACAUCUACCUCUGCACGUGUUUUCGAUUUUUUACAGUUUUAAAAAUGGAGUUGAAUUUGAGUGAAGCCAUCAUUAUCCGUGAAUUUUUUACCAAGAACGAAACGAAUACCAUCCAGCAGCCAUCGAAUUCACCCGAUAUGGCUCCUUGCGAUUUUGUUCUGUUCGAUCGAGUCAAAAAACGGGGAACGCGUUUUAACAGCCGAAAGGAGGUAAUGGAAAAAUCGAAGACGGCUCUGAUGGCUAUAUCGACAAUAGAGUUCCAGAAAUGUUUCGAGAGCUGAAUCAAGCGCUGGCAUAAGUGCGUUGCAGUCAAUGGGGACAAUAUCACUUUUGUAUUUUGAAUUUUCUGAUGAAUUCCGGGAACUUUUUGAUCGAGGUGGUAUACCGCAGGGUGUCCCAUUUUAAAUGAUCCAGUCAAAUAUCUCGAAAACUAA